GAUUACGCAGGGCUCUGAUGCGCUGCAGGUGUUGCCCCGGACACACCCACAAGGCAAACUUUUGUCAGACAGAAACUCCAGGCUGUCAGUCUACAGCAGAGCACCACGGAGGGAGCAUUGAUAGUCUCCAGAGUUCCAGAGAAUACGAGAGGACUUCCCCGCUCGUCUGGACAAACUACGGCAGCUGAUAGAAGACAAAGUUCAUAUCCUUCAAUCCCCCAUCACCAAGGAGCAACAGGGUUCUGUGUGUGGGGAGAGCUCAGGGACAGGAGGACUGAGGAGGUUUGCUGUUUUGAGCGAGGAGCUGACUUUUCACCUGCAGCAGCUGCAGACACAGACACAGCAGGAGCUCAGCAACAUCUGCACACAACUCUCGCAGAUUGAGGGCCGACAGCGGCUGCUUUCCUUUGAGCUUUUAAUUCUUCAGGAGAAGAAGAAACAGGCCAAACAGGAGCUGAGGAGAAACUCCAGCUUUCAUACGUCCACUGUUCAGCUGUGUGCCUGUCGGGAGCUUCAGGUCUCCAUCACCGAGCGUUUGCUUCAAUCAGAGAGGUUGGUGUUCCAGGAGGAGGCACUGAGCGCGCUCCAUAACCUGCUGACACAAGACCUGCAGAGGUACCAGGAAGAGACGCAGAGACUGACCGGUUUCACACAGAAAAUACUCAGACAGUCACACAGGUCGGACAAAAAGGAAACGCUCCCGAGCAGAGAGAGUGACCGCAGCAUGCAGGGAAAGAGCGAGACAGAGCAGCAGAACAACAUGCAAGUGCCUUCUUCUAAGCCGCCUCUCAGUCUCCACCAGGCCAACAUCAAAGACGAGACACAGCAGAUCAGAAAAGCCAGUCAGAAGCCGUCUGCAGCCCUGAUCCGCAGCUCAAACCUGCGCCGAGCCGGCAGCAUUAAAGACCUGAUCAGUAAAUUCUCUGGUCCAGAACAAGACUCCUCUCCACAGAGCCCCUCCUCUGGAUCCCCAAAGUCUGCUUUUGCUGAGGUUCCAGAGUCCCCAAAGUCCAAGUCGAGUCCAAAUACUCUGAGCACCGUUGGACAAGAUAGGAGUCCAGUCCCCAGCAUCUCUGUGACCCCUCCGAGCCAGCAAACCAGUCAGAACGGGGCUGAAUCGGCUCAGAAUGGCAACAAAUCAAGUCAGAUCACUGCAAGAAUCGAUUGUCCAGUAGGGGGCAGCACUGAGAAGAGUGACUCAGAAGCUAAGAGGAAAACACAAACGGCAGUCUCUGGUAGAGAGUCGGUGGCAGACUCCGGUAUGGGAUCGGAGUCAGAAUUAGAUACAAACAAGCAGCCAGAGAGCCCGUCAGAGGACGAGCCCACCACACCGAAGCCGGCGUCAACCAGCCAGAACCCGAAAUAUCAGCUGUUCGUCAACAACGAGAUGAAGACCAACGGGGUGGGCAGCAGGGAUGCAGAUGGUCCGGGAGGAGGCGGGCCGAUAGGGGAGAACGGCCCCAGGCUGGCCCAUUGGGAGCAAGGCCGGCUGAAGAAGAACCACUUUCGAGGGUCCAUGGAGUCCCUAGUCUCACGGGACUUGGACACAUCGUCUGACAGGGUGGGCAUUUAUGAAAACACUCCCCCUCACAGGGUAUUCAACAGUCCAUACUCCACCUCUAUGGAUUACAACCCCUCACUCCGCAUGUCCAAGACUUUUCAGACUGGACUUUCUCCUGCCACCUCCGAGAUGAACCUCUACGGCUUCAACAGUCGCAGCACCAGUCCAGUGGGCCUGCCUACGCCCACCCACUCCCGCCCCCGAUACUCGGCCUACGACACCCUGUUAAAGAGAAGGAACGAGGUCAACAUCCCUCAGCAGCAGCAGCAGCAGCAGCAGCAGUUGAUGACAACCCACUACAGCAUACGCUCUGCCACUAUGGGAGCCCCCAAUAGAAAGGACUACAUAGAGGAGUUAACCAAGCAGCUGGACGCCUGUCAGAGGCGCAACCAUUUCCUGGAGGCAGAGAGUGUGGAGAUGGAUAAGGAGAGGAACCAGAUCAGGUUAGACAUGCGUAACCUGCUGGUGAACAACGAGGACCUGCUGAGGAACAACACUCAGCUGAACAACGAGAUGAAGAGGCUGAGAGAGCAGAUGAUAGAGAUAGACAGAGAGAAACAAACCAUCGCCGCGAGAUUCAGAGAGAUGGAGAUUGAGGUGAAGGAGGCUCGGGAGGUGAUGGUGGAGGCCAACACCCAGGAGUACGCCUUCAAUUUCCUCCAGCAGUCGCUCCAAAACAGGCUCAAGGAUGCUGAGGAGAGCCUGGAGAAGGAGACACUGCACUCACAGACUCUUAGUGAUAAGUUGUGGCAUGCAGAGAGGCAGCUGGAGGAGCUGGAGGUUGACCAAGGCACCAAAAACAAGAAGACAUCAGCACUCAACAGCACCAUCCUCAGACUGGAGACAGAGCUGGCUGAUGCCCUGCAGGUGUCCACACAGGCUGCAGUAGAGCUGAGCCUUCAGCAGAAGCUGCGUGAUGACGUGCAACAGAGGGUGGAGGAGCUGGAGGAGACUCUGCUGGAGAAGGAGCAGGAGCUGCAGAGACUACAGUCAAUUGUCAACAGACUACAGGGAGAGGUCUCUGGUAAACUCAUUGAUAAGGAGCGCACACUGGAGGAGGAGAUCCAGCUGAGAGAGAGGAUCCAGCUGCAGUGUAAGCAGGCAGAGAGGACUGUGGAUGACCUCCAAAUGGAGCUGCAGACCACCAACCAGACAAAAGAGGACCUGGCCAAACAACUCAAACAGGCUCAGGAGAAGAUGAUCGACCUGGAGACCGAUCUGGAGGAGCUCCAAGACAGCGAGCAGAGGUGGGCCGCCAAGCACAAGAGAGCUAUCGAACAGACCGAGCAGCUGCAGUUGAAGCUGAUUCAAGAGAAAGAUCUGAACGACAUUCUGGAGACUGACAAGAUCUCCAUGGAGAGACAGCUGCGUGAGCUGCGUCUGGAGAUUGAGGAGCUUCACAGCUCUAGAGUUCAGGAGGACGUCAUCUCCAGGGCGGAGACCCGAGUCAAAGAGCUGGAGAACAGUCUGAGGGCCGAGGAGAGGAACAAAUCAAUUCUGGCCAACAGCGUCAGCAAACUGGAGAGGAGGAUCAAUGAGCUCAGCGACCAGAUGGAGGAGGAACAUAGGAUAGCCAAUGAGCAGAAAGAACUGAUGGCUCAGAGGAUCCGCUCACUGAAGCGUCAGCUGAACGAGGCCGAAGAGGAGGCGAGCAGGAAGGAGGCGCAGUACCGCCACACCCAGAGAGAGCUGGCAGAGGAGAGGGAGACGAGCGGGCGGCUGCAGAGGCAGCUGCUCGACCAGCACAUACAGAUAAAGCGUAAGGACACGCUGACCAUCCGUCAGACUCUGGACAACCUGAAGUUGGACCUGAGUGUCGACGACGAAGAUGAAGAGAAUCCGCCGGAGGAACAAACACCAAGCCAAGUCACUAAAGUCUAAACAAUCACACUUCAGCUCAUGGAACAGGCAACAGUGCAGUUAGGAUGUGUUUAAAUGGUUUUUUCGUUAACUGCCACCAAAACCAACAAUAAUGGAGAAGAGGAAAAAGCCUGUUGUAUGAGACAAAACAAAUCUCCAGUCAAAUUCUCAGGACUAAAGAAUGACCGAAGAAGUGACAUUAGAUUCUCAUUUUAGCCAUUUGGGGGCAAGGCGGUUUUUUUAAAUCUAUUUUUUUAACCAGGAUGUUUUCUUGAACCAUGGAUGCCUUUUCUUGAAGUUCAAUUGUAAAUUAACUUUUAUCUUUAUCUUUUUUUAACCAAACUUAUAUUAUCCUAAUGAUCUCCUACAAAGCGUCCCAAACAAAAGAAAGGUAUGUGGUCCAAUAAGAAACAUGAAAAGAUUGUUAUAUUUUUCUGCAAAAAUCUUCUUUCUUCUACCUUCAGUAUGCUUCACUAUUUUCCUUUUAUGUGCUGAAUUUGAAGCCUGCUUGUAGAAUAAUUGGGGGGAAAAAAAAGCUUGACCAUCAUAUUUUCUCCUUUUCUUUUCCAUAAUAUUUAUAAGAAUUUGUUAGUUUACCUUAGUGCAAUAAGAUGUAGAGGGAAACUUACUGGUGACAAAGACAUUUUAUUAUCGUAGCAACAGACCGCUGGAGUCUGUUCCAGCGAGCUUUUGAACAGUGAACCGUCCAGGAAGGCGUCUUCAUUUUGUGCUCCACAGAUUGCAUACCGUAUAAGCAUUUAAGUUGAAAUAAUACUUUUAACUCCCACAGACUUUACAACAAACAAAAAGGAGAUUAUUUAUAUCGAACACUUUUUUGUGUUUGUGUUGUUUUUAUGAUUUCUGAUAUUUUUCCAUGUUCUGUACUUGAGAUGUUUGAGGGGUAUAAUAUUAGAGUUUAGUUUGAGGUAUUUUAUAGGGUUGGCUGCUGUAUUAUUUAAACUCACUGUGCCUUCCACUUACAGUAUCUGUUCAUGAAAGGAUUGUUUUGUCAGCAAAGACGACGACAGAAAAGGAAAUGCAACUCAUCACGUUGCCUUUGUUUGUGUGUCUUUGUUAAACUGUAAAAUGUGCAAAAUAGGACGUUUUAGCUCUCAGAAGUAUGAAAAAAUGUCUCACCACAGUUUGGAUCAAAGAUAUGUGUCAAUGCAAAGUGAUGAAGUGAACAAAAUGGCAUUAAGAGACAGCUUUCAUGCCACGCUGUUGUCUUAGUUAAUGUCCUGUUUGCUCUUAUAAUUAGAUAACUAGGUGUACAGAGAGAGGCAAACAGGGCUAGGCUGUUUAAUUCAAACCAAUGGAUAUUCACUGAUUCUCAAAAAGUUCAUAAAGACUCAAAGUUGAGAGGAUAAUCCUCCCCUUUCUCAUUGAAACUGAAAUGAGCCCAGCUCUGGUCUGCAUGCUUCAUCAAAAGCUGUGGUAAACACUUAAAGCUACUUUUAAGACAAAGAUGUUCUAUGUUUACAUUGGUUGGUGUAUUUGGCUUUUUUUGGAAACAGGAUAAUAAAUCUUCUGUUUGUGUCUAUAGAAAGGUUUUUAUAAUUCAGCUGUUGGGGAGUAGAAUUGCUGCAGAGUGUCACUGGUGUCUUUUUUUUGUUGUUUAAUGGAGGAGGUUGACAGUGUCUACACAUAUGUAAAAAAGAAAUAGAAUACACUUGACUUAUUUUUGUAACUACACUUCACAUUCUGCUGGCUCUGCUGUUCUCGGGUAUUUAUUUUUGUUGUUCAUGUUCUCUUUAUUUUGGUGAGAAGUUUCUACACAAUGGAAAUAAACUCUUCUUCACUGUAAA